AUGGCCGAGGAUACCCACCAUAGCUUUGGGCUCAGGCCAGAUCAACUUGCCGAGCUACACGAUCCGAAAUCGCUUGCAGCGUUUGCCAACAUCUUCGAUAAUGAUGUCGACAAUUUAUACACGCGGCUAGGCACUGAUCCCACGCAAGGGCUAAGUGUACAGGAUGAGGACAUAUCACAGACCGCGCGGUUCCAGAUGUACGGGGACAAUAGGAUCCCGCAGCGCAAGCCAAAGCCGUUCUGGCGGCUCGCAUGGGAGGCUUUUCACGAUCAAACUAUGAUCUUGCUGAGCGUAGCGGCGGUUGUGUCAUUUGCGCUAGGACUGUAUGAAACUCUCGGGCAACCGCCCGAAUAUGAUAACGAGGGCAAGAAGAUCACUAAAGUCGAAUGGGUUGAAGGUGUGGCUAUUAUGAUAGCCGUGUUAGUGGUUAUUCUGGUGGGGUCUGCCAAUGAUUACCAAAAAGAACAACAGUUUGCUCGCCUCAAUGCCAAGAAAAGCGAUCGAUCGAUUGUGGUUCUGAGAGGUGGCGACGAACACCUGAUUUCUAUUCAUGACCUGUUAGUCGGCGAUGUCAUCAGCUUGCAGACCGGUGAAGUAGUCCCAGCCGACUGCGUCUUGGUGGACGGUUCCUGUGCUUGUGAUGAGUCUGCGCUGACGGGAGAGACAGAGACUAUCAAGAAGGUGCCCAUCGACGCUGCUUUUGCGCGUUAUAAACAGUUGACUCAGGAUGACGCCGCUGUAGAUAUUGGAGGUCGGGUAAAGGAUCAAAAAGUACCCGAUCCAAUGCUUAUAUCCGGCUCUAAGCUCCUCUCAGGCUUGGGCCGCGCCGUGGUAACGUCUGUUGGUGUCAACUCGGUUCAUGGACGAACACUCAUGGCCUUGAAAGUCGAAGCCGAGUCUACACCUCUACAAGAACGGCUCGACGGUCUAGCCAAUAGUAUCAGUGUCUACGGUUCAGUUGCCGCUUUGAUUCUGUUCAUCGUUUUGUUCUGCAGGUUCUUGUCUAAUUUACCGGCGGGGAAGAAACUUCAUCAUUUGACACCGGCCCAAAAAGGUUCCAAGUUUAUGAGUAUUUUCAUCACCGCGGUUACUGUUAUUGUGGUCGCGGUUCCGGAGGGCCUUCCCUUGGCGGUGACUCUUGCUUUAGCUUUUGCAACAACACGGAUGACCAAGGAUGGGAAUUUGGUGAGAGUAUUAAGGGCCUGCGAAACAAUGGGUUCUGCGACGGCAGUUUGUUCAGACAAAACCGGCACUUUAACAGAAAAUAGAAUGACUGUAGUGAAGGGGUUCUUAGGAUCCACUUGUUUCGAUGAGGGUGACGUAAGUGGAUCGCAUGUGGAUGUUGAAGAAGUAUUUAGAAGAGAGUGUGCCGAAAUUCUGAGGAAAGAUGUUUUAAGCAACAUAGCGCUAAAUUCCACUGCGUUCGAAAAUAAGCAAAGCAAUACAGAGGCUAGCGCUAACGAAAAUCCGUUCCAUAAGCCCAAGAAAUCACUUUUUCCUUGGAGUCAAAACAAUGUGUCCAGCUCACCUACGGAAAGCAAUGACAUGGCCCAGAAGGAGCAAUUCAUCGGAUCCAAGACAGAAACUGCUUUGCUUUCAUUUGCUAGUAAAAAUCUUGGCAUGAGCGACCUUCAUUCGUUGAGAGACCACCCACAACAACUAGAGAUCACGAAAAUAGUUCAAGUAAUCCCUUUCGAGAGCUCAAGAAAGUGGGGCGGUAUAAUUGUCAGGUAUGAAGAUGGAUUGCAUAGAUUAUACAUCAAAGGUGCCGCGGAGCUAAUCCUAAGAAGAUGCCGGCAGAAAAGGACAUCCAGUGGCGAUUCAAGUCUCAUAACUGCAGAAGAAUACGAGAAAAACAGUCAAGCAAUAACCAAUUUAGCGGCAGGUGCCCUAAGAGCGAUAUCCCUGGCUCACCAAGAUUUUCCGGACUUAUCAAAUUGGCCACCUACUGAACUGAGAGACGCAGCUGAUCCUAGUUUAGUCGCUCCAGAUCUCUUAUUUGGAGACCCACUUUCAUUUGACGAUUUGCCUGUGGCAUCUGAGCUCACAAAAACAAGCUCCAAUAAGGGUUUAACUUUAGACGGUAUUGUGGGUAUACAAGAUCCUCUGCGGAAAGGCGUCAAAGAAUCUGUUGAACAAUGUCAAAAAGCUGGGGUCACCGUGAGGAUGGUUACGGGAGAUAACAUUUUGACGGCUACCGCAAUCGCCAAGAAUUGUAGCAUUCUCACGCCUGAGGAUAGUGAAGACCCUGAAAGUGCCAUGGAGGGCCCGCGCUUCCGCAAACUCUCACAGAAGGAAAGAAUUCGCAUACUACCCAAACUUAAGGUGCUUGCGAGGUCCUCUCCUGAAGAUAAGAGAGUUCUCGUUGAGACCUUGAAAAAAAUGGGUGACGUCGUAGGUGUCACAGGUGAUGGCACCAACGAUGCUCCGGCUCUUAAACUUGCCGACGUAGGGUUCUCAAUGGGUAUUGCUGGGACUGAGGUGGCCAGAGAAGCAUCCGACAUCAUUCUGAUGACUGAUGAUUUCACUGCCAUUGUAAACGCUAUCAAGUGGGGAAGGUGCGUGUCAACAUCCAUCAAAAAGUUUAUCCAAUUUCAGCUCACCGUGAACAUUACCGCCGUAGUUUUGACGUUUGUCUCCGCCGUUGCCUCUUCAGACGAGAGCUCCGUUUUGACAGCAGUACAGUUGUUAUGGGUUAACCUUAUUAUGGAUACCCUUGCCGCACUUGCCUUGGCCACCGAUAAGCCAGAUGAACAUAUUCUGGAGCGUAAGCCCAAGGGUCGAGAGGCCGUGCUGAUCGCGGUGUCUACCUGGAAGAUGAUCCUAGGCCAAUCUGCUUUGCAGCUGAUAGUAACCUUCACACUCCACUUUGCGGGACCUCAAAUUUUUUUUCCGCAUAAGACUGUUCUGACUGGUCAUGAACAGCAGCAGUUGAAUGCUAUGACUUUCAACACCUUCGUGUGGUUACAAUUUUUCAAACUUAUUGUGACGAGGAAGCUGGAUGAGGCGGAUGGAAUCUCCAGCGUUCGGGCCAGAGUAACCAAUUCUAAUUUGAAUUUUUUUCAAGACCUUUGCCGGAACUAUUACUUUUUGACUAUUAUCGUGUUUAUUGGAGGGUUUCAAGUUCUUAUCAUGUUUGUGGGUGGUGCUGCAUUUUCAAUUGCAAGGCAAACUGGCCCCAUGUGGGCCACUGCGAUCAUAUGUGGGUUACUGGCACUACCAGUGGGUCUCAUGAUAAGAAUCAUUCCUGAUGAAUGGGUACUGAAAGUUUUUCCCGUUCGAUUUGUAAAUGCUGCUCUCUACAUCAUUGGUUUCAAGUUUUUAAAGAGCUCUCACAGAAAAGCUGAAGACGAAGAAUCUUUAUUGCAUCAAGACAAUGAUGCCACGCUUGUAAGCUCUUCUGCUUUCGAACGUGCCAAAAACGAGAUGACAUGCGCCAAAGAAAAUGACGAAGGUGAAGGCAGCAUACUAAAUCCUAUUCUGGCGUUUAAAAAAUGGAGACGUGGUAGUUCAUCAGCUGGCUCUGAGGUCGAGGACCGGUCCUACAUUGCGUCGGUGACCAUGGUACCAACGUUGGUUGGUGGAGCGGUCGGUGGCUUCUCCCACAUUUCCAUGAAAGAUAGUGACCCAUCCAAAAAAUCUGCCUGA